AUGGGUGAGAACAAGAUCGUGCCGGAUCCUCCUAAGUACGACAGAGGUCGACCACUCCCAACCGUGGAGCUUAUAUACCAGAACAAGCUACCAAACUGUCCCGGGAAAUCUAGCGUCGGCCUCCGUGUCACUUACCCUCCCAAUGGGUCCACUCCUCCUCACCGUCAUGCAGGGGCUUCCGUAUCUGCAUUUGUGAUUGAAGGGACUGUGCUCAGUAAGAUGAACGACGGGCCAACUGAGGUUUUUCAGGAAGGGGAGAGCUGGUUCGAGGCCCCAGGCUGCCAUCACAAAGUCAGCGACAAUCAUAGCCUAACGGAUUCUGCUACUCUCUUUGCAACGUUAGUUGUCGAUACUGAGGUUGUAGAGAGGGGAGGCGUUGCUGCAUUGGUGGAAUACGACGAAGAGUACAGAAAUAUCACACAUUAG